AUGCGAGUUGCUGAAAGUAGCCAAGACGAGAUGACAUCUCUCGGCUUAACCAAUGAACCUAUUGGACGGGCUCUGUGUAUCGGCGAUGGUAUUACCAAGAGCCAGUGGCAGCCAGUGGAUAAUUGCGGACCAUUUAGAAAUGUCACAGACAUUCUCACCGAAAUUGCAAAGGUAACAGAGUCUAUAACGAGUAUUGUGAGCAAUGUAGCUCAGGUAGAAACGGAGGAACUUGAAGCCGCAGAGGAAGAAGGUGGGGCAAUAAGUAAAUUUGUCCAGGCUUUUGAGGAACAAAUCAAUCGUGUGGAGGUUGCCGAUGGCGGGUUGCUCAACAUUCAGCAGCCAAGUGUAGCCGUAAAGGAUAUCCAUAGACAGGAGGAUUCAUUUAUCAAGGCAUACAACAUCCUGACUUACAUUGGAUGCUGUAUUUCUAUCUUCAGUCUUCUUGUCACAUUGGCAACCUACCUGUGGAACAAGGAUUUGGGUUUGAGGACCAAACAGACUAGUCAGAUCUUCAUCUGUCUGUGCCUGACCUUGCUGUGUCUCUACACAACAUUUGUCGUCAUGAUCUCUCUGGAUUCUAUCAGAUAUUAUCGUGAGGUCCGGGCUGGACCCUGUGGGUUACUGACGGCUCUAGUUCACUACUUUGUUUUGUCUUCCAUUGCAUGGAUGGGUGUGGAAGGGUACAAUACCUACCUCAUGAUUGUGAAGAUCUUUAACACCUACAUCCAGAAUUUCAUGAUCAAGGCUUUCUUCGCUGCGUGGGGAAUUCCUGCACUUAUCGUGGUUCUUACUGAAGCUAUUGCUAGAGACUCUUACGCCCAUGAUGACCUUUGCUUUCUACAAUUAUGGGCUCAAAUCGGUGGUCUCCUGAUUCCCAUGUCCAUCAUCCUCCUCAUCAACAUUGUCAUCUUCAUCCUGGUGGUUCGACAAUUGAUCCGAUCUGCCAACAUCGCUGGUCGGAUGAAAGGAGAGGCUAAGGUAGAACGCCAAGAGGCUAUCGAAUUCGUCCAGAAUGCAAUCUGCAUCUUGCUCCUGCUCGGUCUGACCUGGGUCACCGGAUAUCUGCUUUUGAUCCCGUUAUUCAGUCAGGUGGCUCAGCCAAUCUUCGUCGUCCUGAACUCCUUCCAAGGAUUUUUCAUCUUUCUACUCUACUGCGUCCGGAAGCCUCACAUCCGUAAGAAAUGGGGGCUAACUUGUUAAUGAUGAUCAGGUUGAUUACACCAACAAUGAUGUUGCCGCCAGUCUCCCUAAGGAUGCAGAGGAUGACACCAAACACAAUGAGAGGAAUGAUGUAGAUGCUAGUUACACCACCAAUUUUUCAAAGGCCAAUGGCACAGUUGAGGUUUUAACUAUAGCUCAGCACUCAUUCUUACUUGAU